UUCGUGUAUUCGGUGAUCUUUUGCGCCGUCUUCUUGCUUGAUGUCUCCUGAGCGGUGGCGGCGCCGGGUCGAAGGCUGACUUAACCGCGAGGCCCCUCGCUCAGGCUGCUUUCUCCCGCUGGUCGGUAGAGCGGACCCCUUGCUUCCUGCCUGCCUCUUUUUCCUGUCGGUGGCUGAGUCCCCUCGCUGGGCUGCAGACGGAGCCCCCGCCCGUCUUGCAGAUUUCCAUGAAGACAACUUACAAGGACCUGAAUGGCCUCAUUUUAGCUGCUUCAGCUUGUGGAGCAAUUGCUCGCUCCUUCUCUUCCUGUGCCUGGUGUGACAGUGGCUACUGAGCACCAUGAAGGUUGUUCCAGAGAAGAAUGCUGUCCGGAUACUCUGGGGGCGAGAACGGGGCACUCGGGCCUUUGGAGCUCAGCGGCUUCUGCAGGAGCUAGUGGAAGAUAAAACUCGGUGGAUGAAAUGGGAGGGCAAGAGAGUAGAACUGCCGGAUAGUCCACGCUCUACCUUUUUGCUGGCCUUCAGCCCAGACAGGACUCUGUUGGCCUCCACCCACGUGAACCAUAAUAUCUAUAUUACGGAGGUGAAGACUGGCAAGUGUGUUCAUUCUUUGAUUGGACACCGCCGUACUCCAUGGUGUGUCACUUUUCAUCCUACCAUCUCAGGCCUUAUUGCUUCUGGCUGCCUAGAUGGGGAGGUCAGAAUUUGGGAUUUGCAUGGUGGCAGUGAAAGCUGGUUCACAGACAGCAACAAUGCCAUUGCUUCUUUGGCUUUCCACCCUACGGCUCAGCUCCUGUUGAUUGCCACUGCCAACGAGAUCCACUUCUGGGAUUGGAGUCGGCGAGAGCCCUUUGCAGUGGUAAAGACAGCUAGCGAGAUGGAACGGGUCCGUCUGGUGAGAUUUGAUCCUCUUGGACACUACUUACUCACAGCCAUUGUUAACCCCUCUAAUCAGCAGGGUGAUGACGAACCAGAGAUCCCCAUAGACGGAACAGAGUUAUCCCACUACCGUCAGCGCGCCCUGCUGCAAUCACAGCCAGUUCGCCGGACGCCUCUCCUCCACAAUUUCCUGCACAUGCUGUCCUCCCGCUCCUCUGGCAUCCAGGUGGGAGAGCAAAGCACAGUGCAAGAUUCUGCUACCCCCUCACCCCCACCGCCUCCCCCUCAGCCCUCCACGGAGCGCCCCAGGACUUCCGCUUACAUCCGGCUCCGACAGCGGGUCAGUUACCCCACAGCUGAGUGCUGCCAGCACCUUGGGAUCCUGUGCCUUUGCAGCCGCUGCUCUGGCACUCGAGUUCCUUCCCUCUUGCCACACCAGGACAGUGUCCCCCCUGCUUCUGCCAGGGCUACUACCCCUUCCUUUUCUUUUGUACAGACCGAGCCCUUCCAUCCCCCGGAGCAGGCCUCGUCAGCGCAGCAGGACCAAGGCCUCCUGAACCGGCCGUCUGCCUUCAGUACAGUCCAGAGCAGCACUGCCGGCAACACGCUCCGCAACCUCAGUCUGGGCCCCACCCGUCGCUCUUUGGGAGGCCCUUUGUCCAGCCACCCUUCUAGAUAUCACCGAGAGAUAGCUCCUGGGCUGACAGGGUCCGAGUGGACCCGGACAGUGCUCAGUCUGAACUCCCGCUCUGAGGCAGAAUCCAUGCCUCCACCCAGGACCAGUGCCUCUUCGGUGAGUUUGCUGUCUGUGCUGAGGCAGCAGGAAGGUGGCUCUCAAGCGUCUGUGUACACUUCAGCCACAGAAGGGAGGGGUUUUCCAGCUUCAGGGUUGGCAGCUGAGUCAGAUGGAGGAAGCGGCUCCAGCCAAAACAACUCGGGCAGCAUUCGCCAUGAGCUUCAGUGUGACCUGAGACGCUUCUUUCUGGAGUAUGACCGGCUGCAGGAGCUGGAUCACAGCCUGAGUGGAGAAGCCCCCCAGACCCAACAGGCCCAGGAGAUGCUCAAUAACAACAUUGAGUCCGAGAGGCCAGGCCCCUCCCACCAGCCCACCCCACACAGUAGUGAGAACAACUCCAACCUGUCCCGUGGCCACCUGAACCGCUGUCGCGCUUGCCACAAUCUCCUGACCUUCAACAAUGACACCCUGCGCUGGGAAAGAACCACACCCAACUACUCCUCUAGCGAGGCCAGCUCCUCCUGGCAGGUCCCCACCACCUUCGAGGGCAUGCCAUCGAGUGGCAGCCAGCUGCCACCCCUUGAGCGGACUGAGGGCCAAACGCCCAGCUCCAGCAGGCUGGAGUUGAGCAGCUCUGCUAGUCCGCAGGAGGAGAGGACUGUGGGAGUGGCCUUCAACCAGGAGACGGGCCACUGGGAAAGAAUUUACACCCAGUCUAGCAGAUCUGGAACUGUACCACAGGAGGCCUUACAUCAGGAUAUGCCUGAGGAGAGCUCUGAGGAAGAUUCACUCAGGAGGAGGCUGCUGGAGUCUUCCCUCAUUUCAUUAUCCCGUUAUGAUGGAGCAGGAUCCAGAGAGCACCCAAUUUACCCAGACCCAGCGAGAUUAUCUCCUGCUGCCUACUACGCCCAGAGGAUGAUCCAGUAUCUCUCACGGAGAGACAGUAUUCGCCAGCGCUCCAUGCGCUAUCAGCAGAACCGUCUCCGUUCUUCCACCACCUCCUCUUCCUCAGACAACCAGGGCCCAUCAGUAGAGGGAACCGACUUGGAGUUUGAGGACUUUGAGGACAAUGGUGACAGAUCCAGGCACCGAGCUCCACGCAAUGCCCGGAUGUCCGCACCUUCACUUGGACGCUUCGUUCCAAGGCGUUUCUUGCUGCCUGAGUACUUGCCUUAUGCGGGGAUUUUUCAUGAACGUGGACAGCCUGGCUUGGCAACUCACUCUUCUGUUAACAGGGUCCUGGCAGGGGCAGUGAUUGGUGAUGGACAGUCUGCUGUGGCCAGUAACAUUGCCAAUACUACCUACCGGCUCCAGUGGUGGGACUUCACUAAGUUCGACCUUCCUGAAAUCAGUAAUGCUUCCGUGAAUGUGCUGGUGCAGAGCUGCAAGAUCUACAAUGAUGCGAGCUGUGACAUUUCUGCAGACGGCCAGCUCCUGGCGGCUUUCAUCCCUAGCAGCCAGAGGGGCUUUCCUGAUGAAGGCAUCCUGGCAGUGUACUCCUUGGCCCCCCAUAACCUGGGUGAAAUGCUCUACACUAAGCGAUUUGGUCCCAAUGCCAUUUCGGUGAGCCUGUCCCCAAUGGGCCGAUACGUAAUGGUGGGCUUGGCCUCGAGGAGGAUCUUGCUGCAUCCCUCCACAGAGCACAUGGUGGCCCAGGUCUUCAGGCUGCAACAAGCCCAUGGCGGUGAGACCUCCAUGAGGAGAGUUUUCAACGUCCUUUACCCCAUGCCUGCCGACCAGCGGAGACAUGUCAGCAUCAACUCUGCCCGCUGGCUGCCCGAGCCAGGGCUUGGCCUGGCCUAUGGUACCAACAAAGGAGACCUGGUGAUCUGCCGACCAGAGGCCCUAAACUCUGGUGUUGAGUACUACUGGGACCAGCUAAACGAGACUGUCUUCACGGUCCACUCCAGCAGCAGGAGCAGUGAAAGGCCUGGAACCAGCAGAGCUACGUGGAGGACAGACAGAGACAUGGGUCUGAUGAAUGCCAUUGGACUGCAGCCCCGGAACCCCACCACCUCCGUGACCUCUCAGGGCACCCAGACUCUGGCCCUUCAGCUGCAGAAUGCUGAAACACAGACGGAGAGGGAGCUACAGGAGCCAGGGACAGCGGCUUCGGGCCCUGGUGAAGGAGAAGGCUCCGAGUCUGGUGCGAGCGGGGAAGACGCCCUCAGCAGGAUCCAGCGGCUGAUGGCGGAAGGGGGCAUGACGGCCGUGGUGCAGCGGGAGCAGAGCACCACCAUGGCCUCCAUGGGCGGCUUCGGCAACAGCAUCAUCGUCAGCCACCGCAUCCACCGCGGCUCCCAGACCGGCGCUGAGCCCUCGGCCACCCGCGCGUCCUCCCCCCGGCCCUCUGCCUCUCGGGGACUGCUCGCGGAGCCCGGGCAGCUGGCAGAGCGGGGCCUGAGCCCCCGGACAGCCUCCUGGGACCAGCCUAGUGCUCCAGGGCGGGAGCUGCCCCAGCCGCCCCUGCCGCCUUCCUCCCCGGUCCCCGUCCCUCUCCCCAUUCCCCGCACCGAAGGACCAACCCUGCACUGCGACAUGACCAAUAACAACCACCUUGCUGAAGGCAGUGGCAGCGGCAGGGGGGAGGCUGCGGGCCCCAGCAGGGAGCCACGGAACAGGUAGAGACCCAUGUGUGCACUGGUGCUUCCCCUUGGAACCGCUGAGCAGAAACUGGACCUCACAGCUGACUGGGAACUGUCCACGCGGAAGAGCUGCGGGCUGCAUCAGGGAACAGGAGCAAGAGGGGGGGCCCCGAGUGAGGUCAGAGGCAGUGGGCUUGAGGCAGUCGAAUGGGCAAGGCUUGCCUCGGGACUAGAACCUUCUGGAGGAUCUGGAGCCCAGGGGAGCCCUACUGCUGUGCUCCGUGUAAAGGGAGGAGGAAGUGGGUACCCUGCCAUGAACCCCCCCUUUCUCCCAGAAACAUGGCUAGUGA